GUUUUUAUUUUUAUAUUUCAGAUCAUUUAAAAAAGAAAUUGUUGACUAAGAAGAACAAAGAAAGUUUGUAUUGACACCUAUGCAAAAUGGCGCUCCUGAGCUGGAGUACACUGGAGAAGAUGGUGGUGGUUCUGGUUCUGCUGGCUGCAGGAUGGUUCCAUUACUCAAAUAUAGUUCACAGACUCAAGCUCCAAUCAGAGGAGGCCAUCAAGGUGUUGGAAAAUCUACCGGAGGAGGCAGACAACUAGGAUCCAAGAUGAAUCAAGCGGGACCCUCAUCCGGAAGUCCGACCGGAAAUGAUCCUGAUUUUAUGACCGGAAAAAUAAAUGCACUUCCGGCCGGAAAUGAAAAAGAAAUUCCUAUAACCUCCCCAAACUAGCUCUAGAUAUAAACCAAACCAAACCAUACCUAGGUAAACUAGCUCUAGUUAUAAACCAAACCAAACCAUACCUAAAUAAACUAGUUCUAGAUAUAAACCAAACCAAACCAUACCUAGAUAAACUAGCUUUAGAUAUAAACCAAACCAAACCAUACCUAGGUAAACUAGCUCUAGUUAUAAACCGAACCAAACGAUACAUAGGUAAACUAGUUCUAGAUAUAAACCAAACCAAACCAUAUCUAGGUAAACUAGCUCUAGAUAUAAACCAAACCAUAUCUAGGUAA